AACAGGCGUAUAAAAUACCUCAAAGUAUGUGAACAAGACUCGGUUAGCACCUCGUUUUUAACACACUUUGGUCAUUUAUACGCCGAUCAUAAACGCUUUCUCGUUCUUCCAAUAUAUCUGAUUAUAUAUUAUGUGACAUUUUAACGUUGAAUGCAUUUACUUUACGAAUAAGGUGUUGAGAGGGUACAAACAGAAUAUUCAUUGAUACCGAGCUUUCUCAUCUUUUAGAUUUUGGCAGCAUUGUGAACUUGAAAUAUAUUGCUGGACAGUAUUUCGUGAUGGCUUUACUUUUGCAAGGUUUUGUGAACGGCCAGGAAUACAGGCCAGGUGAACGUAAGUGCAGAGUUAACAAUAAAUAAUACCAGACAGUUUACAAAUUAACUUUACUGGAUAACUCUAUAGCAAUUCUAAACUGCUGUUCCGCCUGGAGACCACCCGUAAUGGUCCAGACAUCAUGCAGUGUUACUAUACAGGGAGAAACCAGAACUAACUUUAACUUUAUCCACACUGGAUAGCUCCAUCAGUUCUAAACUGUCUCCCUAGACGUCCAGUAAGCAUCAUCUCUUAUUGAUCCAGUGUUACUACAGGAGGAAACCUAAACUAACUUAACUUUAUUCAUACUGGAUAGCUCUAUCACUUCUAAACCAUGGUAACAAAUUUCUAAAUUUUAAUUUUAGACUCAGAUGGUGGUUUGUAUGAGGAAGUCGUGUCAAUUUACAACGAACAUUUUACAACGCCUGAGUCAAGAGAACCGUACCUUAUCAAAGUACAUCGCUGUAUCAUCGCUUGUCGGACUAAAACUUCCAUUGCCAUGCCCUAUGCUUUAAUACAGAAAGAAAUAGAAAUUGUAGUAGCAGAUAUCAACAAUCCAACAAAGUUUUAUAAAUAUGUCGUGUACAACCAUACCAAAUGUGGAUGUGAUAAACAUAAUGUCACAAAGAACGAGUUGCACAAGAAUCUUGUUUCUAACGAAGGUAAGCGUUUCAAUGAAUGGACAGAAGAACGUGCCACACGGCUACAAGUUGUUGGAUUAAAUGUUGCUGCCACAUGGAAAAAUCUCACAACUUAUCGACAAGAUGUGUUUGCACUGUUUGUUUCCAGUUGUUGACAAAUCUGGAAGAAGUUGUUAUCAACUUGUAAUAACAAGGUUGAUAACGACAACAGAUUCGCAACAAGUUGUUCCAACAAGUCUGAUAUUGUCGGCUUGCAAAAAUAUGUUAACACGUUAAUGACAACAAGCUCGUAGUAAGUUGUAAUAAGUUUGAUACAGUCACCAACCUUGUAACAAGGUAAUAACAAGUUGUUCCAGACUUAUUACAACAACUGGGAACAAACAGUGCGAACACCUCCUGAUAUCGGCUUCACAACAACAUUGUUACAACGUGUAAUAAAUAAAAUAUAAUAUAUAUUAACCUCGCAGAGAAGUGAACUAUAAAUCUUGUUCUAUUUAGUGAACGAAACUGAAUUCAAGGCAAAACUACCUAACAAUCCUGAGAAUCUGAGAAAUUGCAGCCCAUCAUCAUUCUGUAGCAAGCCUCAACCGCGCCAUAAGCUUAAUCCUAUCCCUAGGAGACUGACUGCGAUUGUCCCAGGACAGCGGUUUGUCCUCUAUUAUCGAUGCUUGCCUGGUUGUGGUGCUACCACUAACAAUACGAAGAUGAAAACGGAGAUGCUCUCGGGCUCUGACAAAUACUAUAUAUGGAUAAAAACCGACACGCAUUGUUGGACGUAUCAAAAACAAUCAAGAGUGGCGAGGUCCAUCCUGGAGAGUCUUAACAACCUAAACACAACGUAUCCGUCAUCUUUAAAGACUAAACUGACGCAGGAUUCAGGUAAACACCAUGCUUUAGAAUGUGAAUACGCUCCUUUUCAAUAAAAUAAUUUGUUUAGACAUACACGAGUAAAAACGAACAACCUGCUCCCGGUUGAUAUCGACAGGCUUGAACAAAAUUGCACGCUGCACCCUAAGAACAAGUUGUCCACAAUAUUGUUACAGCAUUGUUACAACUGGCCAAUGAUGUAACAACAUUGUUACAACUGACCAAUGAUGUAACAACAUUGUUACAACUGACCAAUGAUGUAACAACAUUGUUACAACUGACCAAUGAUGUAACAACAUUGUUACAACUGGCCAAUGAUGUAACAACAUUGUUACAACUGACCUAUGAUGUAACAACAUUGUUACAACUGACCAAUGAUGUAACAACAUUGUUACAACUGACCAAUGAUGUAACAACAUUGUUACAACUGACCAAUGAUGUAACAACAUUGCAACAACUGACCAAUGAUGUAACAACAUUGCUACAACUGACCAAUGAUGUAACAACAUUGUUGACAAUUCUGUGGGUGCAGCAACUGGAUAUCAACUGGAAACAGGUUGUUGGUUUAGAACUGAUAGAACUAUCCAGCAUAAAUAAAGUUAGUUUAGAUUAGUUUUCAUACUGUAUCAUUCCUGAUAUUAAUGCAUGCUUAGCAACCAUAACCCAACAUUACUUUUCCAAUUCCAUUUCAUUUCAGAGACAGAAAGCGGUGUAUUGAUUUAUAUUGCUUCACCAAAAGUAUUCCUGGCUGCGUUUGUUCUAUCUGUGAUACUGGUGUCGAUAUUAAUUGUGGAUUUCAACCUCUGCCACCGCAAGAAAGGAAUAAUGUAUUCAGUACUGAGCUGUAGAAAGGACAUGAAAGAUAACGCAUGCUCUGAUUGUGCUGAACGACAGAAGAAAGUCAUUGAAAUCGUUUAAAAUGAAGGAUGGUUAAAAGCAUGGGAACAAAUCUACUCGUAACAUGGGUCCCCCAAAACGCAAUCACGCCUUUUCAUGGUGGGAUAAUGGUUAGUCCCUCAUGGUGGGACACCCCUCGGGAAAUGUUGUGUCCCAAAGGGAAUGUGAAGUGAGUGAAAGAAACAGAACGGAAAAGGUACUGAAGCCCCCUCUGAAGUUCUCAUGUUGCCCCCCCCCCCCUCCACCUGGUCAGUGGGUGUGACCCCUCACCAUCCCACAGAAAACCAGACCCCUAGGAAGAGUAAGGAAAAGAAUGUAUGGAGAGUGAGUGUGUGAAUGCUGCUCCUUAUCCCUCACUUUUGAAAGUGUCAGGCCGCCCAAGAAUUUUACACCAAGGGAAAGUUUUGAGAAUGUUGUAUCUUGGUAUACACAUAGUCAUACAUUGGUCAGCUUCCCUCCCUUUAGACAGGAAAAUUAUAAGCUGCGAGUAAAGUAAAGGAAGGAAAGGCAUAUUGGGAUUUCUCGAGAGACCUCAGUUGACAAAUUAUGCCCUGACAAUCGAAAAGAGACGGAAAGAAAGCAGCAAAAGAUUGAUUGAAUGUUGUGUCAAUCUAGACAAUAUUGUUUUGCUUAUUAAAAUAACUAAUGGUAUUAAACUCAAUUUAAAUUUUGCAAAAAGUAAUUUUAGGUUUAGAAUGUACUAAAGGCCAUAUCAUACACGAGACAAAUUUUGCUGCAACUUGCAACCCAAUUUCGAACAUAUGAAAAAUGAGAAAAUGAAAGAAAUGGGAUGAAAAAUGCCACUGGGUUAACUUUGAGCCAUGCUCACAAUUUCCCUCAGACUCCGUUUUAGAUAACAUCAGUCUAUGUCAGAAAUUGCGUAGAAAGUAGCAGCAAAAAUUGCCUGGUGUAAUAUGUCAUAACCUUAUAAGACAAUUAGUACAGAUCUUAUUAUAGUUAAUGUGGCUAUUUCAACAAUACCAAGCUAUUUGUAAAUUAAUGAGAGCAAUUUGAUGUUAUAAUUCGUAUAUUAUGUUAUGAUAAUUGUCUUAUUGUACCAAAUUAUGCUGUUGCGUUGUGAAGUUGCC